CACUUGUGCACGCCAUCAACCUGUACGCACCCAUGCUUGCUCUCGCACCCGUUUAGCAGGUUAGGCCGGCCAGGAUUGCACUCUUUUCCCUCGGGCACAGCCCUGCAGCAGUACACGCUGUUGACACUCUUCAACUCGUCGUACUCGCACUCGCUCUCUGCACGACAGCGCGCACUACACGCCAGAGGUCCGUAGUAGAAGUAUGAAGCGCAUUCCGAUGGCUUUGUGCAAUUUUUGCCGGCACUCAGCAAUUUCUGACACGUGUUAUUCACACAGUACAGAGAAUGGAUGUCAGGGCGUGAACGGACUAGGCAGUCCGAGUCUUUCGUGCAAAAUGCUGCGACAGAGGAAAUGAACAGAAACAUUUUGUUGUGGAUACGAGCACGGGUGUUUUAACGAUGCGGUAAAACAAACUGAAACAUAAAAUGAAAGGUAAACACUGCGGGAUGAUGGCACGAUCAGUUUUUGACAGUUUGCGAUGAGUGCGCAGCAUCCAUCGGAGCAAUGGAUAAAAUACCUCUUCGUUGCUGGUCACUUGUUUUGAACAACGCAUUUUUUGAACAACUCAUCACCACAACUCUUCAACACAACUCUUCAUCGCACGAAAACCUCUGCGCUCACUUAAAAACGAUUGCUGGCCGUACCCGUCCCGGCAAUGCGGGUUGCUUAGCCAUUUUGACCUUUAUAUUCGUUGCCAUGGGUAAACACCGGCUGCUUCCGCAAAGGCAGCGCGCCUGCGAUACGAACAUUCAAGACGGGUACCGUUGGUACGAAACAGUCAUUGCCUGCAACUUUUUAUUUAGCACUGGCACAGCAAAUGCACCUGCCGUCGUGGAGGAACGGCCAUUUAACGCUAGCACGGGAGAAGCACCGUCUAAAAUCAACAAAGGAUGAGCACCACGAGC